AUGAAGAAAGGAAAGAAAACUGCUAGGGUUAUUUUUCCUCAGGCACAGUCAAAGGCAGAUAGUCAUGUAGAGGAAGUAGCUCUGUCAAAGCCUGAGAGACAUAUCGAGAAAAAAGCCUAUGAUGAAUUUCGUGACAAGAUCAUUGUUGAGAAAACGAAUGGAACAAAUUUGUCUGAUUCGCAGUUUACAAUCCCAGAUGAGUUGUUACCAAGUCUUAAUGCAUACCGGAGAGAAAGCAACAUGACACAACCAUCGACAACCCGUGAAGAAGAACCAAGUGAUGAACAUUUCAAUAAUAAAAAGUUCGAGUUUGUUGUUCAACAUCAUUGUCAGGAAAAAAAUAAAAAUAUUGGAUCGAGCUCUAAACUAGACAUGCACGGAGAGGUUGAUCUUAGUACGGAGGAGCAAAUUAUGACACCUCCUAAAAUACAAGAAUUAAGCACUGAUGAACAAAGGAAUGAACCAGUUUGUCCUGAUUCACAAAGCACAAUCCUUGAUAAGCUGCUUCCUAGUCUGAAUGCAGACAGUAGUAAGAGCAUCAUUGUUCAUCCCUCUCGUCAACUUCAAACCCCUGUUCAAAAAAUACGGAUUAGGCGACCAUUCAAAUUCAAGGAGUCACCUUACACGACGAAAUUUGAUUCAGCUGUCGAGAGCUCAGCAGGGCACAUACAUAUAUUCCCCCAGAAACAUCCAUUUGCUUAUCAUCCGAUUGAUGGGAUAGUGGAUACGAAGAUUGUCAACAAGUUCAUGGAUUGGAUUUCUGAAGACCUUCUCAAAGUUCAUGCUAAAAGGAAGGCAAAUGAGGAUCAUUUCAAAAGGGAGAAAUCAACUAUUCCAGUGAUGCAUUUUGGAGUUGAGACUGUUGAAGAUAAAAAUCGGUUCUACACAAUGAGGUUCCCUGAUAAGACAUGGACAAGCUCGCAAAUUGAUGUUUGCUUCUACUACUUGAGGAAGAAGCCGAAGUAUGACCCCAACAGGUCUUACAAAUUCAGCACAGUAGAUUGCAACUUUAUGAACAUAAUUAGAUUUGUUCGUGAUGCUAAUUCUGUGGAUGAUGCAAUCAAUAUAAAGGAAAAACAUCAUUGGGUGCUAGCAGUUUUAUCCUUCUCAGAGAGUUGCAUAUUCUUAUAUGAAUCAUCUAGUCAUUAUUCGAUUGUUCUUGGUAAGAUCGAGAAAUUAGCUACGAUUAUCCCAUUGUGUCUCCAACAGUGUAAUUUCUACGUUAAGAAAGGAAUUCAGGUUGAAAACCAUCCAAGAUACAAAGACAAAGACUCGUCGGAUAUGUUUGAUGUGUUAUUUCAAGAGAAUUUGCCUCAACAACCGAGUGAAAGCUUGGAUUGUGGUGUCUAUAUGGUUACAUAUGCAGAGUGUGUUUCUUAUGGUCACAAAGUUCUUGCGAAUGAGUUCGACCCCAAUGCACGUCGUAUAAGAUAUGUUGUACUUUUGUGGGACUAUGAGAUCCAGAAAUAA